AUGUCAGGUUACUAUAGGCGGCCCUAUGGGGCUUCUUCGGGAGCACCUCCGCCUCCUCAUCGCUACAGUGGUUCAAAUCCGUACCGUGGCCAUCCUUCACAGAAUAAUAAAGCUUCUAACCAUCCUGAAAGCAGAUAUCAAUCUGCAAAUAAUCGUCACACUUCAAGGUAUGCUAAUAAUGGCAAUCCUGUAAAUAAUUCUACAUAUGCACAAGGCUAUCACAGCGAGAGAAGAUAUGCUUCCGGUUCUUCAGCUUCUCAUCAUGAUGUGCCCACUUAUCAUUCUCGUUCUGAUAGAGGUGUUUAUCAACGUCAUCAUUCAUCCCAGAGGAGUGAUUCCAAUAGUAGCACUGGUAGCAAAUCUAGGUAUUCAAAUGCCGAUGCUGCUAUGAUUUCGGGACGUCCAAAACCUGUAACAAAGUACUCAGAUGAAAUAUUCACAUCAAAAUAUCAUUAUGUGGACUUAGUUACGCGAUCAUUACUUCAUAAGAAGGAAAUGAAGUCUUGGAAUCAUGCUAAUGAAUUUCCCAAGAAUGGAUUCGUGAUCAUCCAAGAACAAUAUGCAGGUCAACUUCGAUCAAAAUUGAAGGAAAGAUUGCCCAACGAACUUGCUAUCGAUCCUCGAAAUAAAUCUUUACCGUGUAAAGGAACUCAAUAUAGAAAGUUGAGGCUAAAAGUCAACUCAUUACCGAGAAUUUCAUAUGACAAAUAUUCUGUCGGACCCCCACCUCCAUGUGAGAUUGUGGUUUAUCCAGCUCCAAAUAGCGUUAAUCUUAAUAUAAUGAAUCUCCAGGAUAUUUCAAUCAAAAAUUAUUUUAAAAAAUAUGGUGAAAUUUCACAUUUCGAAUCAUUCGAUGACCCCAACAAUGCAUUACCCUUACAUUUAUAUCUAAUCAAGUAUACGAGUUUAUCAUCAAAUAUUAAUGUGGCAUCUAAGAGUGCAUAUGAUGCAUUUAAAUCUCAUGAUAAUGGCAAAAAUUGUUUCAUCCUAGGAUCCAGUUUUAAUAUAUCAUUAAACAAAAAUAAUGAAGUUGAAAAGAUUAAACAAAAGAUUGUCGACGAAAAUCUAUCAAAGGUAAAUAAAUUGAAGCAACAAGAAAAAAUAACCAAUAACAGAGUUGAAAAGGAUAAAGAUGAGAAGAUAUCUUUAAAUAAUGAAGGCGUCGAUGAACAAUUUUUGAAAUUUAAUAAUCCUCAGGAUAGGAAAAUACCACAAGAUUUACUCAGACUAAUUAACAAUAGACCCUGUCUAUUUGUUUCCAAGGUGUUUACUUCAUUACAUGGGUUUCGCGUGGAAGAUUUCAGGUAUAAAUUAAGAAAUUAUAGCUACGCCCGCUUCGUCGAUCACAUUUCUGGUAUUUAUAUUGUCUUUAACGAUAUUGAAGAGGCAAAAAGAUGUAUUCAUAAUGAAUCAUCUAAACUCACUCUAAUUUCUCGUAGUAGAAGGAUACCUAUUGUGAUUAAAUUCGUCUUCAUUUACUCACCAAUGAGUAGGAAAAUUUCUCGUUUCGGUGAUGCCACUAGGAUUGACAGAAAAUCGUCUAAUGCAAACGGCAAUUCUACUUUUGCAAAACAAACACCAAUUAUCUAUCAGAAUAAAGCUGAUCUGAUUGAGGCUGCUGCCAAAUAUAUCAUAAAAGACUUGGAAAAGGCUUUGCACACAGAUAUACGAAAACGUAUAGUCGGUCCUACUAUUUUUGAUACACUAAAUUCAUCAAACUUCCCUGAAUUAUUGGAAAAGAAGAAAGUUAGAGAUGUAGAAAAACAAAAGGCUGAAGAAGAAAGAAGAGCAACCGAAAGAAGUAAAAAGGCAGAUGAAAUAACUAAUAGGGACUUGGAUAUCUUUAAGCUAUAUGGCGGUUACUUGAAAAAGUCUAAGCCAAAGAGAAAAUUGAAAAAAUAUUCCGAUAAUGAUGAUGAUAUAGAUGAACGUGAAGAUUCUUAUGACCUCUUGCGAGAAUCAAAAAGAAAGAAGAAGAAGCUCGGACUAGAACCGAUGGCCCACUUGUUAAAUGAAGAUUCGACCUCUAAAGAGCAAUCACCUGCGACCGAUUCUAUCGUGUCACCAUCUCGUGGUUCAGAGGAGGAAGAAGAGAGCGAUGUGAUGUCUUCAGAAGAAGAGGAAGAAGAAGAGGAUUUCAUGGGUGAUGAGCAUGAAGAUAAGAAGAUUAAGAUGGAAUCAGAACUCACUACACCAGAAUUCGUUAAUGAAGAAGCUAAUGAGAAAUUACAGGUUGAAACAUAUGAAAGGAUUGCUGAGGCCUCUUUGAUUAAUGAAAAAUAUAGACCGAGCUGUUCGAUACUACCAGAACCAAUCUAUAAAGAGCCAUCAGAGCCUGAUUUUUAUGGCAUUGCGGAUCUACAAGAAUACGUGAAGGACGAUGAAGAUAUGUUGAUAUUACAGAAGCUUUGUAAUAUGACCCAUGAUACUAAAACGAUCGGUCCAUCUAUUAAAACUGAGGCUGGAACAAAACCUGAAAGUGAUUUCAAACCUGCCACUCACAGCAAUGGAUUGUUAGAGUACAGAAUCUGGAAGCUCCGUGAAAAGCAAACGAAUGUGAGACAAACAAAGGAAUGGCAAUUUAAGUUAAAUGAGGGAGUCAGUUUUGACGCUGGUUUACUACUGAAUAAUAACCUAUCAUUCAAAGCAGAAGGGUUCAAAAAAGUUCCCGACAAUCUCAAAGUAUCAUAUCUACCACAUCGUCGUAGAAUUCACCAACCUUUGAAUACUGUCCACCAUCAUGAUGAAGCAACAGAUGAACGUUCCAGUACCCCGUCCAAUAAUAAUACGAAGGUGGAGGAAUCCUUACAAUCUGAGUCAAGUGAGAACGUUUCUGUUGUUCAAGAAAUUUCCUCUUCCAGAGAUAAUAGAGCCAUUAAUAGAAGAUUUCAACAAGAUAUUGAAGCACAGAAGGCUGCUAUUGGGUCAGAAUCCGAACUUUUGAGUUUAAACCAACUUAACAAGCGUAAGAAGCCUGUCACUUUUGCCAGAUCUGCCAUUCAUAAUUGGGGGUUGUAUGCCCUGGAGCCAAUUGCUGCCAAAGAAAUGAUCAUUGAAUAUGUUGGUGAAAGAAUUAGGCAACCAGUAGCAGAAAUGAGAGAAAAAAGAUAUCUUAAGAACGGUAUAGGGUCGAGUUAUCUAUUCAGGGUUGACGAAAACAAUGUGAUUGACGCCACCAAAAAGGGAGGCAUUGCCAGAUUCAUCAACCAUUGCUGUGAUCCAAGUUGUACUGCCAAGAUUAUCAAAGUUGGUGGUAAGAGAAGAAUUGUCAUUUACGCGUUAAGAGAUAUUGCCAAAAAUGAAGAAUUGACGUACGAUUACAAGUUUGAACGAGAACAGGAUGAUGAAGAAAGAUUGCCAUGCCUCUGUGGUGCUCCAAACUGUAAAGGGUUUUUGAAUUAG